GGGCCCACUGCUGCCCAUCCAGGUUCUCCUGCUGGGACCCACCUGCAGACCUCCGUGGGGACAGUGCCCCGGGACCUCGCGGCCUGGGGGCCACGGAGGUCCGCACGGGACGCAGCUCUCCCUGAGGGAGAGCCCAGCUCUAGGGUUCCUGGGAGAAGGCCGACAGCCUUCAGUCUCCUGUCCCCGGCCGCCGCCCACCCCAGUCCCAGCCCAGAAGAGGCUCUGCUGUGGCCUCACCCUCCUCUGAGAGGCUCGGGGAAGCCACCUUGCCCUUCUCCGUGUCUCCGGUUCCCGGGUGGGCACCGUGCUGGGAGCCCAUCAGCCCCAGGGCACCAGGGCCCACAGUGCCGGCAGCUGGGCAGGUGCCAGAGCCGAGGCACACCGGCCUCUGCGUCCAGAGCCAGCCUCCCCACCCCGCCAGCAGCUCAGGCCUCUCCCAGUUCUGCCCCCACGACCACCAGACCCGUCACGAGGAUGCCAUUCAUGUGAGCAAGAGGGACACGUCUGCCCCCCGCCCCCUCCCCCAGAGCACCCAGGGUGUGCAGGCCUCCUGGGCACAGGGCCCACAGCCCUGGUGUGACACUACCCUUGUGCAGGGCCUAGCCCCGUGCCUGGGCAUGCACCUCUGAGGACCCUCCUGUUGCAGCCCGGCUGUGUGCCUGGGACAGUGGACCUCCAGGGUGCCAACUUGGGUGCUCACCUGGGGGGGCCUGGGCACACAGGCUAGUUGACCCCUGCUGGCUGUGCUGUCCCUCCCAGGGCCUCAGCAGCCUCUGCCAUAAGCCAGGCUUUUCCCCAGAAGGUGUGAGGACCCUGAAGGCUCACACCAGUGAAGGAACAGUCGCCACAGGGCUGGCAAACAGCUGGUGCUCAAUGUUGGCGCUCAGCUUUCUCAGUUGACUUUCCCAUUCGCCAGUGAUGAGGAUUCUGCAGAGGUGGGGCAGGGCCGGCCCAGUUUCAGUUGCUAUCAUGGAAUGCCUGAGACCAGGCCAGGUGUAAAGGAAAGAGGUUCAUUGGGCUCUGGCCAGGACGUCCAAGGGCCCUCACCAGGGCCUUGGGCUGUGUGGAAGGCCCAGGGGGCACGUGCCCCACCUCUCCAGAGCAGAACCAGGUUCCAGCACAGGAGCUGCCGGGGGACACAGGACCACACAGGCUUGCCCCAGGACCCCAGCUGGCAGCGGCCAGAGGCUGCAGCCCGCCUCCCGUGCUCACCCAGCCCUGCCCCAGCUGAGUCCCACGUGGAGCUGUCCCAAGGUCAGGCUGGGCUCCUGCAUGGCCCCUGAAGCCCUCCCCGCUCUGUGGCCACCAGCACCUGAGUAGUUUAGUGGGGAAAUGGAAGGGCAGGAGGCUGGGAGGGCUGCCUAGCCAGCUGGAGGGCCCCGUCCCUUGCCGCCAGCCCCUAAUCCGCCCUCUAAGCUGACAGUGUCCCCGCAGGCCCCUGGCCUUCCGGGCCACCCAGAGCAAUGAGUCCACUGGGCCUGAGGACAGGCUGCCUGGGGCGCGGAGGUGCAGGGCAGCGACCCUUGUGCCCACUGCAGCUUUCCGAUGGGGCAGCCCUGGCUCAGGCCCGGCCUCCCGCCCCUCGCCUCUGCAGCUGGACCCGUCGCCGCCGACUCCCGGUGUCCCUGUGGGCCCUUCCCCGCUCCCGCGCCCCCCUCCCUUGGAAGCCUGCGUGCCUCCCCUGGCACCUGCCCCUCACGGUGCUGGAUCGGCCUCCCACCUCCCCCGUGUCCUGCUCCUCGUCCCUCCCAGGCCCCGCCAGGCCUCCAGGCUCUCCCUGCUGGGGCCGCACCGGCCUCCUGGUCUGCUGCCGUGCUCGCGUGGACGCCCCUUUGCUGUGGCCUCCUGUGGUGCCCAGCACUCUCCCUCGCCCGGCUCGCCUUCCUUCCCACGGGGCCUCCCUGGGGAGUUCUCUCCAGCCGCCACACUGACGGUCUGUUUCCACCACAACGCCACUUGUAUGACAUUCCUGUGUGUUCCUGGGACACAGUACGUGCUCAGGAAAUGCUUCUCGCAGGAGUCAAUGAGCAUGAGGAAUGGCGAACUUCUAUUCAUACCUCAAGACCUGGCCAAAAUGCCCCUUAGUGCUGCCUGUCCAGAGGAGCCCACCACACCCCGCCCCCAGCUCGAUUCCGCUCAGCUGACACCGGGACUCUGAAAGCCACCCUUGCUGGCCCCACCUGAUAAAAAUGGUGACAGCGGACACUCCCUGAGCAAAGCUGUCUGCUCUCUCCACCGAGACUCCAUGGUGUGGGCCUUGGGUCCCCAUUUUGCAGCCAGGGAAACUGAGCCUGGAUGGGGAGCCAGGCCUGCAGGCUCAGGGCAACUGCGCCUGCAGGUGGGGCCGCCUCAGUUAAUCGGCUCCAACUAAUCCUCCCCUCCCCUGGGCUCAGCAGACGCCUGGGCCCGCUGGGCCGGUGGAGGGCGGCCAGGCCGUCAGGCGGCACAGGUGGAGGCCUGAGGCCAGUCUCCUCGAGGGUCCUCACACACAGAGACAGGGACAGAACUGGCACCAGGGAGAGGGCGCCAGGGAGGAGGCGCAGGAGCCAGACGCACCGCGAGGAGUGGGAGAGAAGCUGCGGAGAGAGGCCGGCCGGAGAAGACCCCGGCGGGCAGAGGCUCCCCUGCCUCUCCCUGGGGCAGGCCCUCCCACUGUCCUCCCCGCCAGGCGAGAAGCAUGUUCCUGAGCCCGGGAGAGGGGCCGGGGACUGAGGGUGGGGGCCUGGGGCCAGGCGAGGAGGCCCCCAAGAAGCACCGGAGGAACCGCACGACCUUCACCACGUACCAGCUGCACCAGCUGGAGCGGGCCUUCGAGGCCUCGCACUACCCGGACGUGUACAGCCGCGAGGAGCUGGCGGCCAAGGUGCACCUGCCCGAGGUGCGCGUGCAGGUGUGGUUCCAGAACCGCAGGGCCAAGUGGCGCCGCCAGGAGCGCGUGGAGUCGGGCUCAGGAGCUGUGGCAGCCCCAAGGCUCCCUGAGGCCCCCGCACUGCCCCUCGCCCGCCCCCCUGCCCUGCCACUGCCCCUGGAGCCCUGGCUGGGCCCCGGGCCCCCGGCCGUGCCAGGCCUCCCCCGCAUGCUGAGCUCAGCCCCGGGGCUGCAGGCCGCCCUGGGGCCCCACGCCUUCGCUCCCACCUUCGCUGAUGGCCUCACGCUGGAGGAGGCGUCCCUGCGGCUGCUGGCCAAGGAGCACGCGCAGGCUCUGGACAGAGCCUGGCCACCUGCCUGAGACAUGCCCGGUGACAGCAGCCAGUCAAGCCAGGCUGUCACCAGGGAGUAAGACCCACAUGGACUGUGGGAACCCCUGCCCCGUCCUCCCUGUCCCCUCCCCACCUUGCAGCGAGGGCGGUACCCUCCUGCCCAGCCAGGGGCCCUGACCUGCCCCGUGGGCGUCCUGGGCCCUCUGUCCAUGCGUCAGUGGGGCGGGGCUGAGCGCCAGGUUCCUGGGCCAGGGAUCCUGGAGUGUUCGAGUCUGCACCCCUCAGCUGCCCAGCCCCCCAGAAAUGACAAGUGACAGCACCAGCCUCUCCUGCGUGGCCCUGUCCCCUUUCGCCACAUGCCCACCAAUUGCUCUUCCCGCCACCAGUCCUGGGAGGCGGGCUCCACGGUCAGUCCCUCAACCGAGGAGGCCUGUAGACGGAGGCCCGCUGCCUGAGGUGCACGGCCAGCAGGGGUGGAGCUGGCGCUGGGGGGCAGCGGCCAUGUCAGGGACACGCACGGCAAGGAUGGCCGGUGCCCAGCUCCAUGCAGGGGUAGUGGACAUGCUGUGGCCCACACCACCCCCCAGAGCAGGUGGGGCUGCAGCACAGGGCAGCCAGGGAGCAGAGGCCCCAGGGUCGCAGCAGGGCUGGCUGCUGGUGCCCUGACCUGGCACACCCACCCCAACCCAGCCCCCCACUGGAGCCCGUGCCUCGUCCCGGACCCCCAGGCCAGCCCAUGCAACCUGCUGGCCCUGCCCACCCACUCUCCGCCCCAGCGCUUCACCGUGUCCCAGCAGUGAAGCAGACAUGGAAUAUUUUACAAAAUAACAAUAAAAACAAAA